AUGAGGCGCCCAAUGACACAUGUGAUUACAAUGAGUGUCCAGUUGUCGCAAUGCAAUAUCAGUCCCAAACUGUUGGGUGUUUUCCCGAACGGAACCAUCAAUGAGUACAUCGAUUCUAGAUAUUUCAACGCCACGGAUGACCUGAACCCGAAGGCAGUGGCCGUAUUGGCCCAAAAGUUGGCCACAUUUCACUCACAACGGAUACCAAUACCUAAUUCUCCUAAAUUACUGUUUGAAAAGAUGGCCGACUUUGUGACCGACAAAGUAAUUGAAUCGUUCGUUAGCGGGACUGUUGGUCAACAGAUACGGGACAACAACUUCCGGGUCCAAGAGUUGGAUCCGCGGGCGGAGAUGUCUUGGCUCCUAAAGACAGCCAAACAACUGAAUAGCCCCAAAGUCUUCUCCCAUAAUGACAUCAAUCGGCGCAAUAUUUUGGUCAGAAAGUCGACUGUGAAUAAUAACCAGGAGCUGGACAUCUAUCUCAUAGACUUUGAUUGGUCUAACUAUGCCUUCCGGGGCGUAGAUAUUGGGCAAUACUUUAGCAGUUGGUGUCAUAAGGAGAUUGACUUUGGCGGCGGUCAGUUCCCGGCCGAUCACCAGAUGUUGCCCUUCAUUGACGCCUAUAUCGCCGAGAUGUGCAAAAUUCAUGGUAACUCUUAUCGGGAAUUACCAAUCAAUUCCCGGAAGUCAAUGACCAAAGAGGCAAAACCAAAGGCGGAGAUCAGGUAUAACUGCUAUCGAGUGCUGAAGAGUCGUAUUCUUGAGGAAUAUUCAGACAUUCAUUAAUUUUGUUAUUAUAUUUAAUAGUCUAUUAAUAAUAGACAAAAUAUAAACUUACUUAUUUUAAGAUAAUUAUAUUUAUAACUAAA